AUGCCUGCAAACAAGACUUCUCUAGCGAAUCAGAAGGACGGUCGUAACAUCUCUGUUGACAUGUACCCGUUCAUACGCAAGUACAAGGACGGCAGCAUCGAGCGUUUCCUACGCAGUCCAUUCGUGGUGGCGUCGCCGGAUCAGGGCGGCAACCGCGGGGUGGCCACGAAGGACGUCGUCGUCGACAAGGCCACCGGCGUGUCUGUUCGGCUGUUCCUCCCGUCGCGUGCCGCCGACACCGCAGGCAGGAACCGGCUUCCCCUCGUCAUCUACGUCCAUGGCGGCUCGUUCUGCACGGAGAGCGCUUUCGGCCGGACGUACCACCGCUACGCGACCUCCCUCGCCGCCAGCGCCGGAGCCCUCGUCGUGUCGGUGGAGUACCGUCUAGCGCCGGAGUUCCCCAUACCUGCGGCUUACGACGACGCGUGGGCCGCGCUCCAGUGGGCGGCGUCCUUGUCCGACCCGUGGCUGGCCAGCUACGCCGACACUGCACGCACGUUCCUGGCCGGCGACAGCGCCGGCGGCAACAUCGUUUACCAGACCGCAGUCCGCGCCAGCCACGAAGUCAACGACGACAUGAUGAACAUUGCGGGCCUGAUCAUGGUGCACCCUUACUUCUGGGGAGCCAAGCGGCUGCCCUCGGAGCUCGCGUGGGCGGACGACAGCGAGGGUGUCGCGGCGGUGUUCCCACCGUACGGGGUGGACCGGCUGUGGCCAUUCGUCACGGCCGGCCAGGCCGGCAACGACGACCCCCGAAUCGAUCCUCCGGCCUCGGAGAUCUCAUCGCUGGCUUGCCGCCGCGUGCUCAUCGCGGUUGCCGGCAAGGAUACUCUGCGGGAGCGCGGCCUCGACAUGGCGGCCAGCAUGCUUGAUCACGACGCGCCGUGGCCUUGGAUGAUGCAGGGGCGCCGCGAGGUGACGGUGGAGGAGUCGGAGGGCGAGGACCACGGCUUCCACCUCUACAGUCCGCUGAGGCCCACCAGCAAGAGGCUCAUGGGGAGCAUCGUGGAGUUCAUAAACCAGCAGCCCAACUCGUCGCCUGGUAAUCGUAUGGUGCUUGGCGUGCCCACGACGCCGUUCAAGGACGUGUUUGGGUAUGGCAUGGCCAUGAAGUCCUGGGGCACACGCUCCAGUAUGGCUACUUCCAUGAAAAUUGGAAGGGUUGGGCCAUCCAACAAAAUCUCUGUUCGACUGCCGAUGCCUGCUGGCAACGCUCAUCACAAACAUCCAUUAUCUGCUGCGGUUCCGUGGGGUUGUGUGAUCAACAAGUUUUUCUAG